UGAGCGAGCAGUGGUGCAUAAAAGCAGCUAAUAGAGGUCCUUAGCCGUGUCUGAAUGCGAUAAGCUGUGGCGAGUAGAGAGCUGAAGCUGGGAUCGGCCGAGAUUUGCAAAAAGAGCGGCGCGCGGCGACCAUGUGGCGAGCACAAGGCGGCCUCGCGUGCAGCUCACUUUGGCGCCGCGCGGGACGCUACGGCCCUGCGCGGAGCGAAAGGGUGGCACCAGCGGCACGCCGGCGCGCCAGCACACACACGAACAACUGAUGCGGGACCCACGGACGGACGGAGACGCGGCGCGGCGCCGGCGGGCGGGCCCGCGCCCGUCCCUCGCCUGGCCGCCCCGCUCCGUCGCCGCGUGCCGAUGCCGACGAUGCGAGACGCACCGCAAGACGGGGGGAGAGAGCACAACGUCGUACAGAGACCGUAACCCCUCCGUCGCCACGCAGGUAGACACACAGACGAGACAGGACCCGACAUAGCCAUGUCGGCGAUCCAGUCCGUCCAGGUCUUCGGCCGCAAGAAGGCGGCGACGGCCGUGGCCUACUGCAAGCAGGGCCGCGGUUUAAUUAAAGUGAACGGGUGCCCGAUCGAGCUUUUGGAGCCGGAGAUUUUGCGGCUCAAGACCUUCGAGCCCGUGCUACUGCUCGGCCAGACGCGCUUCGCGAACGUCGACAUCCGGAUCAGAGUGAAGGGCGGCGGCUUCACGGCCCAAAUUUAUGCCAUUCGCCAGGCGAUCGCGAAGAGCCUCGUCGCGUACUACCAAAAAUACGUCGACGAGGCGUCGAAGACGGAGAUCCGGGACAUCCUCAUGCAGUACGACCGCACGCUGCUGGUCGCGGAUCCGCGCCGGUGCGAGUCGAAGAAGUUCGGCGGGCCGAGCGCGCGCGCGCGCUACCAGAAGUCGUACCGCUAGGCUGUGGGCGUAACUAGUGUCUCUUAAA